AUGUAUUCGUCCAUGUUUUUGGUGUCCAAGUUCUCGGGUGGGUCGCCGGAUGAGACUAGAGACCCACCCCCCAACGAUGCUCGAAGGGUCGGGGAGUUGCCACCCAAAAUCUUGGGGUCGCUGCGAACUUCGGCAUCCAAAGCAGAAGAAAUCAUUCAGCGCAAUACCAUGGCCUUGAAACGGGCGAUUGACAUGAAUAAUUCGUCAAUGAACAGCGAGGAUGAUUCUUCUGCAGAACUCAGUGUGGAACACUAUGGCAUUCCCACCGCCGCAAAGUCAUAUGACAGCAGCAGGAAAGAGUCGACAAGACUUUCUGCUGAAGUAACAAUCCGCUCCUUGUCCCAAGCGCUGGUGGGGGUGCAGGCAGAUCACGCCAAGUUGCAAGAGAGCUGUGAUAAGGCCAAUCAACAAUUAGCCACGAGUCAACAACAAAUCAAGACAUUGGAGGCAACCUUGAAGGAACGGGAUGAAACCGUUGCGUCUCUUCAGGAAGCCAUGGAGGCUGGUGCUGCUACAGAACAAUCAGAGACGGAUGUGGAGCAGGCGGAAGCACGGAUCCGAUCCAUCUUGAACGAGAAAGAGCUAUUGGAGGCUACCCUGCAUGAAAAAGACCAGACCAUUGCUUCCCUCCAGAAAUCUCUUUCGGGCAAGAAAACUGUUGCAGAACAGGUAGCAGGACGUCUUGGAGCGGUCAUGAAACAGCAAGAGCAGUUGGAGGCUACCUUACAGGAACGAAACCAAACUAUAGCCGACCUCAAGGCUAGUCAGACGGAAUCUACUCGUGUGCAUGCACCUCGGGAAGCGGAUCUUCAAGAGCAUGUUGAGGCUGUGUUACAGCCCACGGAUACAGAUGUCGAGGACGUACGGAAAGAAAGGGAUGAGGCUGUUGAAUGCCUUGAAAAGGCCAUGGCGCUCCAAGAGCGGGUGGAAGCUGAACUGCAGCAACGAAACGAAACCAUUGCGUCUCUCCGAGAUUCUCUGGCAACUCAAUCAACUGCUGUGCAACAGGUGGAAGAGCGUCUAAGGGAAGCCCUGCUGCAGCAAGAGCAGCUGGAACAAGAGCUAGACAGGGUCCUCAAGAAGAACAGACCUUGGUGGCAGUGUCGCUAA